AUGGAAAUUGAGGUGGACAUCCAGGAGGAGGACAUGGAGGGCUCGUGUACCCUGCUGUCGUGGCUGGCCUCCUGUGUGAUGGUGUUUGGAGGGGCCCUGCCCUACGUGCCUCAGUACCAGGAGAUCCAGAGGAGCAGCAACACUGAGGGAUUCUCCACCCGUGUCUGCCUGCUGCUGCUCAUCGCCAACAUCCUACGCAUCUUCUUCUGGUGAGGCCAGGGGCGAGAGGGGUCACUGGGACUGAUUACAUUGGGCAUAUGCACAGUGUACACAUCCAGUGAAACUGCCAGGUGCUGUGCAGAGCAAACAGUUCAAAGAGAACAGAAUAAACUAUUGUAUACUCACUCACAUGUUGAAACAAAUCACUUGGGAGCAUACAGCAAUUUGCAUGUUUAACGUGUUUACUUUAAACAUAUGGAUAAAAAAAACUAAAGUGUGGUUAGAGGAAGUGAGCAUUGUCUGUGCAGACACUGUUUUGAUUAGUUACUGUAAUGUUGUCUACCUACAGGAUAGGGAAGCAGUUUGAACUGACUCUGCUCCUCCAGAGUGUGGUGAUGAUCAUUACCAUGCUAGCUAUGCUCCACCUCUGUUGCAACACUCGGGUCAGCACCAACCAGCACCACUUCACAGGUAACCCAACCAAACCAUAACCACAUCAUGCAAAUAGCCCUACUUCACUUGUAGGCUACUGUAAAAACACAUGUAUUACUCAUUUAUUAAGUCCCAACCAUUACGUCAACACACCCUAUAAUAUCACCUCACAGGCAAUAUAUCUGUUGAUUGCUAAAUACUCUGCAUGUACAGUACUUGCCAAUUACAGCUCAUCACAUUUGACAAAUUAUCACUCAUCACUUACAGUACAUAUAAGCCUAUGUAGUGGAGCUCUGUUUCAACACUGAGCUAUUGCCGAAAGGGGGGGCCAAAGGAGAGGCUAUAAUCACUCAGGCCUCUCUUUCUCUCACACACACUCAGUCUUAUGUAAUUUCUUGUUUAGAUUUUUGGAUGUUAUAGAUGGUACAGUGUGUUUACGCCUGGGGUCCUUUUGAAUUGAGUAAUGAUCUUUUAGAUGUAUUACGAGGAUUAGUGUGAGAGAAGGGGAAAUGUUGGAUGGGUGUAUGCAUUGGGCUGUCAUGUAGAAGAGAUCACCCUAUUCUGAGCUCUGGGGGGUGAGAGAGGGAGUACGUGGCCAGCGGCUGGGGUCUCGUCUAUCAGAGAGUGUGGAGUGGGGGCUGAUUUUAGGCCCUAUUCCCACUACGAGAGAUUAAGGAGAGUCUGAGGAGCGGAAUUCCGAAAGAGAUUUCUACUUUUCAAUUCAAGUUACAUCCUUGCCUUACCUUUCGUUGUGGCUGGCAACACAACGUUCUUGGUCCGCAGCUCAAAUUGACCGUAAAUAUCACAAUAGCCACUAGCCAGUUAGCAUAAACUAUUUAACAAUCCAAGCAAUUUUUCUUCUAAAACGUAUUACAAUAUUAAAUAAUGCAACCAAACCAUAUUACGCUCUUGAAUAAUGCAACAAUCCACAAGCAUGUGCAGACAAAUAAAGGGUUUAUUUUCUAAGGUAGCUGACAAUACACUGCUGACUCCUGCUAGCUAAAAGCUAAAAACAUGCUUCAUGAUCAAGUAAUGUUAGCACCCCUCCCAUACGACUAUAAAAGUACAGUAACGUUAUCAUACAGUGUCGUUCAUAUUAUAAUAUAGGCUACACAGCUAGGUAACGUUAGCUAGCUAGCUAAACAGAAUAAUUUCUGCAUCUUCACAUAAACGUGCUGGCAGUAGCUGAAUGCUGACGUUUAGCUGAACCAUAGCUAGAUAGGCGCUCUUAAGCUUACACUAGCUACCGCAUUAAAGUUACCAUAGAACAAACCAGGCUUCAUUUGAUCAAUAUCAUGGCAGUCAUAUGAGGUAAAAGCAAAUUGCGACUGAAAAUGUUAAUAAUUCCCUGGGUAGUUCCUACUUGCCUGGACCUCGGUGGCACAGUGCAGUCUAGCAACAACAACACUGCGACAUGUACAGAAUGUAACCAGCUGUUACUACAAUUUCAGGUAAAACCUCAAAACUGUUUGGGGACCCGGGAGGGCUGGGGUCUGUCCAAGUUCAUGCUCAGUCAGCUUUUAUGUACUGGAUUUAAGGGUAAUUAUGUUUGUACACAGAUUGAUUUGAAUCUCUUUCAGCACAAUUACAGAGCCAAUCUUAAGGCAGCUUUUUAUUAGGCUGUAGACUGAGAACGAAAUGAAAUCUUGUAAUAUUCCAAUAAUUUAAAGUGUUAUUAGAUCCCUAACUUCUCUGCACUAAUAAUGUAUCUGUCAUGUUGAUUGAUUAGUGAAGGGAGGCAAAGUUAUUCAUGGUGAGGUUAUUCAUGCUGUAGAUAUCGGUGAGUUAGUAUGGGUUCAGUGUGUGUGUGUACCCAUGCACGCGUGUCUGAGAUUGUGUUAUACUGUAGAUAAUCCUUACUUGGGCAUAGGAGAUGUCUGUGAGAGACAGUUUGUCAGAAUGAGAGUUAAAUUUCCUGGUCUUCUUGUCAUGAGUAUAGUCUGCUAAGGCAGAGUUCCAGACUGUCUCAUUCUGUUGUCCCCUGGAGAGUCACUAUUUACUCCAUCCAUUCUCAGUCCUGUCUCCCAGGAGCUCAGCAGCCAAACCAAUAGAGAAUUCUGUUUUGACUGCCCCUAAUCACCCUGUCCACAGACACUACAGCAGACUGUCAACGCCACUGGAACGCUACUUCCUUCUGCUGAAGGGCAGGCAAGGUGUCUGAUUUCAGAGGGGAUGGAGGGGUGUGAUGGUAUAUACUCAGAAUAGCCCUUAACCCCCCCCCCCCCCACCACACACACACACUCUCCCCUCCCCUACUUCGCUCCCCAUCUGAGACCCUCUAAUCAAGGGGUGGGAAAACCUUUUGGCUCAAGGGCCACAUGCUGUAUGCGUGACAAAACAAGUGAAGCCUUUAUUCAUUUUCACAUUGACACGCAACUACUAGUGUACUGUAGGUGUACAUAUGCUUGCAGAACAAUUCUACCCUGGUACCAUCUCUACCCAUGUUUUUUGUGAACAAAAUGUUCAGAAAAUUGAUAUAAUUUAUAACAUCAUAGUCAAACACACACACACAGAUCCUGCAUCUCUGCCCUUGUAAAGUACAAUCAAACUUAGUCACAAUAUGCAAACUUAAAAAUAGAUGCAAAAUGUAACCGCUAACAAACUAUUCUAAAAUUUGAGUGAAACAUAUGUUAAGAGCAUUCUUUUAAUUUGGAAUGGUCUGUUUUUGAAAGCAUAUUAAGGAACAAUUAUCAUCUCCAUUGUGAGCCAUAUUUACAGUUAUCCAAUCACCUCAGCCCAAAUCUGACUGAUUAGUUAUUACCUGUAUCCAAGUGCAUUGCUGGAUAAUUCUCACUGCAUAACCAUCACCAUGAAAAAGCAUAAUCCUUGCCUACCCCAGUCACGGUUAUUCAAGUCUUAAUGUGAACAAUGGGUCUGGUCACCUCUCUUGGCAGGGGCAUCAAAGUCUGGUGUGAUCUUUGAUGUAGAGAUUCUCAGAACAGCUGACAAGUGGUCAUUGUUAAAUUUGACCUGUGACAGGAUUUGUUGUAAUUCAUGACUGAGAACAUUUGUUCACACACAUAUGUUGACCCGAAUAAAACAAGCAUCCUUUGGGCGUGCUUUUUAAUGUUUGGAAACUUUGUUUCAUUCAGUGAGCCAUAGAACUGGUCUAUUGUUGCUGUUUUGUACUUCUCCUUCAAAGCACUGUCACAUUGGAUGUCGAUGAGCUCCAAUUGUGUGUCUGGAGGUGCUUUCUCACUGUCGAAAGACAGGGGGCAUGAUACAAGCUCCAGCUCAGUCUCAAUCUUGGUGAAGUCUGAGAAGCGGCGGGGAAACUUUGUCUGGAGAACAACAUAAGUUUGGCCUUGAAUGCUUUCACGUUGGAAUACAGUUCAUGCACAAAAACACUUUCCCUGCAGUUUCACAUUUACAUCGUUCAGAUGCCCCAAUAUGUUCACACCGAAAGCAAAGUCGCCCAACCAGUCUGUGUCUUUCAACUCAGAGAAGUCGUCAGCUUUACCUACCGUAUCAAGGAACAUACCUAUCUCCCCUCUCAGUUCCCACACACGGCGAAAUACAUUUCCCAGGCUUAGCCAGCGCACAUUUGAAUGGUACAACAAGUCCUGGUGUUCUGCCCCUGUGUCAUUGAGCAGCUGAAUGAACUGAUGAUGGUUAAGCCCCCUUGCCCGUAUAAAGUUUUACAUGCACUUUGACAACAUUUUCCAGCUUUAACACACUUUUACACAGGGUUUCCCGAUGAAUAAUACAGUGAAGAAAUAUCAAUUCCUCCGAGUUAGGGCUUUCUUCUUUUACUUUGUCUUGUAAUCUUUUUAGUAGGCCAAUGUUUUUACCGGUUAGAUUUGGUGAUCCAUCUGUUGUGACGUUUGCUCCACGUAGAUUCAUUGUUUCCAAGCAGGCAGACACCCUGUCAUAUAAGUCAGAGCCCCUGGUUGUUCCCAUCAUUGAUUCCAUCACAAGAAGUUCUUCUGUUAUUUCAAAGUUCUCAUUUAUUCCUCUGACAAAAAUUAAAAGUUGAGCGGUGUCUGAUGUCAGUACUCUAGAAAAAAGAUAGAAGCCAUCUGCUUCUCACCUAUCACUUCCACGUGCCUGGUGAUGGUUCCGUGUGAUAAGCUAAUUUUCUCGAAUUGGCUUUUACUCUCAGGACAAAAUAUACCAGCAGUCUCCACCAUACGCUCUUUCAAAAGUAUUUUGCUGUCCAUUCUUCUUUAAACACAUGACGUUCAGAGUCCACUUUUCUCAUUUUCGCUGCGCUCAUGUUUCAUGUCAAAAGUCGUCAAGCAAUAGUGGCUAUGAUGACUGAGCGCAUUCUGAAUCUGACUGUAGGCCCAAAUACAGAGCGUGCUGCCAGGCUACAGCGCCAUCUAUUGGAGGUUGUUUGUAUAUCAUGGAAUGAGUCAUUUUAGGCCAAAAAUCAUAACUUAAAUUUAAUUAUAUUUAAUACAUUUAAAAAAUGUCUCACGUGCCGGAUUGAAUUCCCGGUGGGCCGGAUACGCGGGCCGUACUUUGACCCCCCUUGCUGUAAUCACUAUUGUACUUUCCUUACCUCAGGGACAUCCUGCUCAAUGGCAGCCAGCACAGUAGGACCUGUCCCAAUCUGACUCUACCACACACACACACACACACACACACACACACAACAAUAAACACUCAACGAAAAACACACAUGCAAAGUACUUGUGUUGAGAUAUACCAUUUAGCUUCCUUUAGUGGGGGUUACCUGAGGUCAGUAGGUAGGGUAUCUUAUGCAUAUAUACUAAAGGCACUCAACAGCGGUAAAACUAAUUUAUUUUUAUUUUAUUUUUAUCUGUCCAUGCAGGUGUUUUCUCAGCACAUUAUCUGGAAUACCACCUCAAGGACUAG